AUGUACGACUUUUGCCUAACAAUUCCGUAUGGCAUUAUGCUCAGUCUCGGUGGUCUAACAGGCUAUAUAAGCUCUGGUAGUACCAUGUCACUCCUAGGUGGUGGUCUCUCAGGUGCUUUCUUAAGUUUUGUGGGCUAUUGUAGCUAUAACGAGUAUAUACAAAAUCCAGCAGCCAUGAUAACCUCCAAGCUCUGGCCUGCUCUUUCAUUGGCCGUAUCUGCACCACUUACUCUCAUCAUGGGUCAUCGUUAUUACAAGACAACCAACACGUUCUUUCCAGCAGGUUUUGUUGCUGUAUCCAGUGCUGGAAUGACCGUAUUCUACGUCUGGAUAUUACUAUUGAAGCAGACCAAAUCACAAGACAAGAAGAAGGCAUAG